UUUAAGGUGUAGGAGAACAGCUCUGCGUUUCCGUCCAACUAGUCAACGUUACAUCAUCAAGUAAAAAGGUGUAUUGGAGCUGAACUGAAAAAGAGGAUGGUUAAUUCUGAACUGAACGAUACAAAACCUGAUUCAGCUUCUGCUUGCAAUCAUGUAUUACCAAAUGGAGAUGUGGAUAUGGCAGAGAAAUAUCAGGAAAAAAGGGAUGAGAUGAGCCUAUGUAGCCAGUACGAGGAGAAGGUGCGCCCCUGCAUCGACCUCAUCGACUCCCUGCGGGCUCUGGGCGUGGAGCAGGACCUGGCCCUGCCUGCCAUCGCCGUCAUCGGGGACCAGAGCUCCGGCAAGAGCUCUGUGCUGGAGGCUCUUUCGGGAGUCGCCCUGCCUAGAGGCAGUGGUAUUGUCACGAGAUGUCCUCUGGUGCUAAAACUGAAAAAGCUCAUGAAUGAGGACACGUGGAGAGGCAAAGUCAGUUACCAGGACUUUGAGGCCGAGCUUUCAGAUCCUUCAGAGGUGGAGAGGGAAAUCAAUAGAGCCCAGAAUUCCAUUGCUGGGGAAGGAACGGGGAUCAGUCACGAGCUAAUUAGUCUGGAGAUCAGCUCCCCUCACGUCCCAGAUCUGACCCUGAUAGACCUUCCUGGCAUCACCAGGGUGGCUGUGGGCAACCAGCCAGCCGACAUCGGGCGUCAGAUCAAGGCCCUCAUCAGGAAGUAUAUCUAUAAGCAGGAGACGAUCAACCUGGUGGUGGUCCCCAGCAACGUGGACAUUGCCACCACUGAAGCACUGAGCAUGGCUCAGGAGGUGGACCCCGAUGGAGACAGGACCAUAGGAAUCUUGACAAAACCUGACCUUGUGGACAGAGGCACCGAGGAGAAGGUAGUGGAUGUGGUACGAAACCUCGUCUGCCACCUGAAGAAGGGCUACAUGAUCGUCAAGUGCCGGGGCCAGCAGGACAUCCAAGAUCAGCUGAGCCUGACUGAGGCUCUGAAGAAAGAGAGAGCCUUCUUUGAGGACAACCCAUAUUUCAGGGAUCUUCUGGAGGAAGGAAGGGCCACGGUCCCCUGCCUGGCAGACAGACUGACCACGGAACUCAUCACGCACAUCUGUAAAUCUCUGCCCCUGCUAGAGAACCAAAUAAAGGAGAAUCACCAGAAAAUAACAGAAGAGCUACAGAAGUAUGGGAUAGACAUACCAGAAGACGAAAAUGAAAGAAUGUUCUUUCUCAUAGAUAAAAUCAAUACAUUUAAUCAGGACAUCACCUCUUUAAUACAAGGGGAGGAAUCCGUCGGGGAAGAUGAGACCCGGCUGUUUACCAAAAUCCGAAAUGAGUUCCACAAAUGGAGUAUUGUGAUUGAAAGGAAUUUCAAAAAAGGUUAUGAAGCUAUACAUAAGCAAAUCAAGAAAUUUGAAAAUCAGUACCGGGGCAGAGAGCUGCCAGGGUUUGUGAAUUACAGGACGUUUGAAACUAUUGUAAAGCAGCAAAUCCAAGCCCUGGAGGAGCCUGCUGUUGAUAUGCUGCACACUGUGACUGAUAUGGUCCGGCUUGCCUUCACAGAUGUUUCAAAAAAGAAUUUUGAUGAAUUUUUCAACCUCUUCAGAACUUCCAAGUCCAAAAUUGAAGAGAUUAGGUUAGAACAGGAGAAAGAAGCCGAGAGGUCAAUCCGACUUCACUUCCAAAUGGAGCAGAUCGUCUACUGCCAGGACAAAGUCUAUCAGAGCUCAUUGCAGAAGGUCAGAGAGAAGGACACAGAGGACGAAAAGAAGAACAAGAAAACGAGCAGCCUGGCCUUCUUCGGCAGUACACCUCCAGAAGACUCGUCCAUGGCGGAGAUCUUUCAGCACCUGGUAGCCUACCACCAGGAGGCCAGCAGCCGCAUCUCCACCCACAUCCCUUUGAUCAUCCAGUUCUUCGUCCUCCAGACGUACGGCCAGCAGCUGCAGAAGAGCAUGCUGCUGCUGCUCCAGGACAAGGACACCUAUGCGUGGCUCCUGAAGGAGCGCAGCGACACCAGCGACAAGAGGAAGUUCCUCAAGGAGCGGCUCACGCGGCUGGCCAAGGCUCGGCGUCGCUUAGCCAAGUUCCCCGGUUAACUGGGCUCAUGUCCCAGCCCGAGUCUCCACAGCACGCUGCGCGUCUCCAGGGAGUGGAGCCUGAUUCUCUCACUAAUAGCUACUCACAUGGUUGGCUAGUAGUCAUACUUUAGAGACACCAUCUGUGCUGUGCAUUAAUGGCUAAGGACUUAGUAAGAAGCUGACUUAGAUUACAAUUAAGAAUAUGACUUAAGUCGGAAGAGCGAUGCCUUCUUCCCUGUUAGGAAAAACGAUUUACCCCCUUCAGGACCAUUCCUGCACCCCCAGCUCUGUCCUUCUCUUCAUCAGAGAAGGAGGCAUGGAAGCAUCACCGAAGGGUUACUUUUCUGGCUUUUUUGACAUCUUUUCCUGCACCCCAUGUUGUAGGAACAUUAGUGCCACAUAUGUGAAUGUUCAUACAAGUCGUAUUUCAUGGAUUUGUAAUAAACUUGUUUCUACCAGA